AUGGCUCCGACAUCGGAAGAUUUGAAACAGUUGCGAGCGUCACGGGGUUACACUAAAGCUUCGAUUACUCGACUGUUCAAUUUUAUCAGUAACCAGGAUGAUGUCGACCUUAGUACAAUUAUUGCCUUAGAGGCAAAGCGAACAAGAAUCGUUGAAUUGUUCAGCGAAUACGAACAUUGCAAUAAGCAAAUUCUAGCUAUAGAUGACGCAGACGCCGAGGAUGUUGCGAGCUAUGAGGAAAACUAUUUUCACAUCCUCACAACCCUCAAUGAGGCGAUUAAAAUAAAAUCCUCGCCCUCGUCUGAGACACCUGUAUCGUCCUGUCAAAAUAACUAUAAGGCCAAACUGCCUACUAUCAAAAUAGAAACUUACACUGGUAAGUAUAGUGAAUAUACAGGCUUUAUUAACUUGUUUAAGGCAAUAAUACAUAACGAUAGAUCAAUUGAUAAUGUUCAAAAAUUAUAUUAUUUGCGCUCAUUUCUAGCAAAUGAACCCUUUGACUUGAUUAAGAACCUUCCUCUGGCUGAAGGCAGCUACGAGGAAGCUCUUAAGCUUUUAGACGAAAGGUAUAACCACAAGUUUAAAAUAGUAAAUGAGCAUCUCAAUUCCUUGCUUGACAUAAAUGCCUUGGUCAAAUCUAAUCCUAUAAAUUUAAGACAGUUUGUGUCAUGUGUCAAACAAUCUUUAUCAGCAUUAAAGAAUUUAAAUGUAAGUACUGAUAACUGGGAUCCUAUUAUAUUGGCUAUUUUGUACCGUAAAUUAGACACCUACACGUCACGGGCAUACCAAUUAGACCGAGACGACACUGAGGAGCCCACUGUCCACGAGUUCCUGCUGUAUUUGGAGAAACGCGCCUUGGCACUGGAGAAUGCUGAGCCGCCGCCCACACCCGGGAAGUCUCACCACAAAGCAGUGGUAAAUGUGACAGCGACCGCCUCUCCUGCCUGCAGUUAUUGUAAGUCUAAUCACCGACUAUUUGACUGUAGCAAAUUCAAAAUGCUUACUAGUAGUGAAAGGAUAGCUUUCAGCAAAAAUAGUAGCCUGUGCUCUGUCUGUCUGAACAAGCACUAUGGAAAAUGCCGCUUUCAUUUCCGGUGCAGCACAUGCAAACAAGCUCAUAAUACUUUACUGCAUCCGGACUCGGCUAACCAACCCCAAGUUUCUUUAAUAUCAAAUUUGGGGCACAACGGAGUUCUAUUACCCACGGUUAAAGUAAAGCUUUAUUCACGGACAGGUAGUGUAGUUCAUGUAAAGGCUCUUUUAGAUUGUUGUUCUCAAAGCUCUCUAGCCACCACUAAAUUAAUAAAUAUUUUAGGACUGACCCCAAGCAAGGACAACAGCAAUAUAAUUGGUGCUGGAGGAAAAGGUACUGAUACACAGUAUUCUAUACCUUUAGAUGUGUAUUCUUUAACCAUGCCUUACCGAGUCACUGCGAACUGCAAUGUAAUGGACAAAAUUACCUGCAAGCUUCCACAAAAUGAAAUCAGUUUGGACGCAAUUAAUAUACCUGAUGGGAUCACUCUGUCUGAUAUUGAUUUCCAUCAGCCGUCUGAGAUCAAUUUACUUCUAGGUGCGGACAUAUUUUUCCAGGUCCUCCUGCUGGAGCCAGUUCCCGGUCAGCAGAAGCUGUCAGCGCAGCCUGCUGAAGACCCAGCAAGUCUACACCCUACGGUUGUAAAUACAAAGCUUGGCUACAUCAUAGGUGGGGGUUUACCGCGACAACAAUCCAGUGACAAAAGUAAGGUAACGCUUUUCUGUACACAAUGCGACUCCAGUCUUAAUGAGAGUCUGCAACAAUUUUGGAAUGCAGAAUGCAUCCCUCAAACCUUUUGCGAACGCUUGUCUGAGCAUCAACAAUGUGAAACCACAUUUCAGAACACCACUGUUUUGAAAAAUAACAAGUUUCAGGUUGACUUGCCUUUAAAAGUCCCUUUGAAUGAGGUCAAUGAUGUGCUCGGUAGCUCUUUUGAUAUGGCUUAUUAUAGGUUCCUUAACCUCGAAAAGAGAUUGCACAAAAAUAUAAAUUUGCUAUCAGAUUAUGAAAAGUUCAUCGAUGAAUAUGUUGACUUGAAGCAUGGGCACUAUAUUGACUUCAAUCAAUUGGAUUUUGAGAAUGAUCCUCUAUACUUUGCAUCCCACCAUGCUGUUAUUAAUGACUCUAGCAAAACUACACGUACCCGGGUAGUCUUCGACUGUUCUUUGCAAUCUAACAAAAAGGUAUCGCUCAAUGACAUUUUGCUUAACGGGCCUCCGGUACAAAAAGAGUUGUUUGACAUAAUGCUUUUGUUCCGAUUAGGCAACUAUACCUUCUCCACAGACAUACGACGCAUGUUUCGGUGUGUUGACAUUAAUCCGAUGCAUGCCACAUUACAAAAUAUUUUGUGGAGAAGCAAUCCUAAUGAGCCUCUGAAAUGCAUACAAUUAGAUACUGUUACCUACGGGCAAAAAAGUAGUACAUAUUUAAGCACUCGAUGCUUACUAGAGCUCGCAGAUAGGUAUGGAAGUGAUUUCCCACUUGCAGCUUAUAUAUUAAGAAAUUGCACUUAUGUAGAUGAUAUGUGUUUUUCAAACUCCGAUUUAAAGAUUAUGAUGGAAGCUAAAUCGCAAUUAAGGGAGUUGUUAAGUAAGGGCAGUUUCAAUACUCACAAGUGGGCAUCUAAUGAUCAGCGAGUCUUAGAGGGCAUUCCCAACGAUAAACGGCAGUUUGAUGACUUAGACUUCCAAAAGGAUAAUUUAUAUUUAAAGACUUUAGGUUUAAAACUUAAUAUGCGAGACGAUUUCUUUGUUUUUUCUUGCCCCGAGGCCUUUAAAAAGGAAAAACCUACCAAGAAAGAAAUAUUAAGCUAUAUUUCGAAAUUUUAUGAUCCGCUAGGUUUUAUAGCGCCAAUUAUCAUGAAGGCAAAGGCUUUCAUGCAAAAAAUAUAUGCUGAGAAGAUAGGUUGGAAUGAGGUUCCUUCAGCUAUGCUGCUACAAGAAUGGUCUUCAUUUGCUUUUAAAUUAUCUCAAAUGGAACCCUUCACCAUUAAUAGGAACCUGCAUAUACCCUCCAAUGUUUCUGCAUUGCAAUUGAUAGGUUUUGCUGAUGCAUGUAGCACGACAGGUUACGGCUGCUGUGUGUAUCUUCGAGUGGUCGACGAACACGGUAAUGCUUCACUUUCAUUACUUAGUGCAAAAUCUCGAAUCAAUCCCCGCAAUAAGGAUACACUCACCAUAGCUCGCUUAGAGCUGUGUGCUAUGCUACUAUUAUCUAAACUAGUCGCUCGAGUUUAUGAAACGCUAAAAUCGCAAUUAAAUAUACAAGACGUAUAUCUGUUUUCUGACUCGCAAAUUGCAUUAGCAUGGGUGAAAACAGAGCCUUUAAGAGAUAGAUGGCGCUGGCUGUAUGUACCCAGUGGAGAAAAUCCAAGCGACUGCCUGAGCAGAGGUACAGAUCCAGAUGAGCUGCGUCACAUACCAAUGUGGCUGCACGGCCCAAGCUUUCUACAGGAAGGUAACUACAACUUUAAUAAUAAGAAUAACCCUCCUGCAAUCGAUGACCUACCUGAAUUGAAAAAAGCGCCCUCUAGUGCCAAGGUGACGUUAAUUACUCAAAAAGGAUCAGAUCCUUACGAUUUCUUAGAAAGGUUUUCUGACCUCAACAAAAUGGUUAGGAAUGAAAGCUCAGUGUGCAAAACAGCUAAUGGGUUCUUUGCCACCUGA